GGCGCGCCGCGCCCGGUGGGUCUGGGAAGCUAGGGGGCCGCACGGAUGGCGGCGGCGGUGCGCGACGGCGACCCCGGGCCUGCACAGGAGCUGUUGGUGGCCUGGAAUACCGUGAGCACCGGGCUGGUGCCGCCGGCCGCUUUGGGACUGGCGUCCUCCCGGACCAGCGGUGCGGUGCCGCCAAAGGAGGAGGAGCUCCGGGCGGCGGUGGAGGUUUUGAGGGGCCACGGCCUGCAUUCGGUCCUGGAGGAGUGGUUUGUAGAGGUGCUGCAGAACGACCUGCAGGCCAACAUCUCCCUCGAGUUCUGGAAUACCAUCUCCCAGCGAGAGAACUAUGCAGACGAGCCUCAGUGCCUUCUGCUUCUCCUUGACGCUUUCGGCCUGUUGGAGAGCCGGCUGGAUCCCUACCUGCACAGCCUAGAGCUGCUGGAGAAGUGGACUCGCCUGGGCUUGCUGAUGGGCGCAGGCGCUCAGGGGCUGCGGGAGAAAGUCCACACCACGUUGCGGGGCGUCCUGUUCUUUUCCACCCCCAGAACCUUUCAGGACAUGAUUCAGCGCCUCUACGGUCGCUUUCUGAGAGUGUACAUGCAGAGUAAGCGGAAGGGGGAAGGGGGCACAGACCCGGAGCUGGAGGGAGAGUUGGACAGCAGGUAUGCCCGGCGGCGGUACUUCCGGCUUCUUCAGAGCCCGCUGUGUGCGGGAUGCGGCAGCGACAAACAGCACUGCUGGUGCCGCCAGGCCCUGGAGCGGUUCCACCAGCUCAGCCAGGCCCUACACAGGCUCAGUCUGUUGGAGCGGGUCAGUGCCGAGGCUGUGACCACCACCCUGCACCAGGUGACCAGGGAGAGGAUGGAGGACCGCUGCCGGGGCGAGUAUGAGCGCUCCUUCUUGCGUGAGUUCCACAAGUGGAUCGAGAGGGUGGUGGGCUGGCUGGGCAAGGUAUUCCUGCAGGAUGGUCCAGCCAGGCCCGCGUCCCCUGAGGCUGGCAACACACUGCGUCGCUGGCGCUGCCACGUGCAGAGGUUCUUCUACCGAAUCUACGCCAGCCUGCGCAUCGAGGAGCUCUUCAGCAUCAUCCGAGACUUCCCGGACUCGCGGCCAGCCAUCGAGGACCUCAAGUACUGUCUGGAGAGGACUGACCAGAGGCAGCAGCUGCUCCUGUCCCUCAAGGCUGCCCUGGAGACCCGCCUCCUCCAUCCAGGUGUGAACACGUGCGACAUCAUCACCCUCUACAUAUCCGCCAUCAAGGCCCUGCGUGUACUAGACCCAUCCAUGGUCAUCCUGGAGGUGGCCUGUGAGCCCAUUCGCCGCUACCUGAGGACGCGGGAGGACACGGUGCGGCAGAUUGUGGCUGGGCUGACGGGGGACUCAGACGGGACAGGGGACUUGGCUGUUGAGCUGUCCAAGACCGAUCCGGCGAGUCUGGAGACGGGUCAGGACAGUGAGGAUGACUCUGGCGAGCCCGAGGACUGGGUCCCCGACCCCGUGGAUGCUGAUCCAGGGAAGUCCAGCUCCAAGCGGCGCUCCUCGGACAUCAUCAGCCUGCUGGUCAGCAUCUAUGGCAGCAAGGAUCUCUUCAUCAACGAGUACCGCUCGUUGCUGGCUGACCGCCUCCUGCACCAGUUCAGCUUCAGUCCUGAGCGGGAGAUCCGCAACGUGGAGCUGCUGAAGCUGCGCUUUGGCGAGGCUCCGAUGCACUUCUGUGAGGUCAUGCUGAAGGACAUGGCGGAUUCCCGUCGCAUCAAUGCCAACAUCCGUGAGGAGGACGAGAAGCGGCCCGCAGAGGAGCAGCCACCUUUUGGGGUCUAUGCCGUCAUCCUGUCCAGCGAGUUCUGGCCGCCCUUCAAGGACGAGAAGCUGGAGGUCCCCGAGGACAUCAGGGAGGCCCUCGAGGUCUACUGCAAGAAGUACGAGAAGCUGAAGGCCAUGCGGACCCUCAGCUGGAAGCACACCCUGGGUCUGGUGACCAUGGACGUGGAGCUGGCUGACCGCACCCUGUCUGUGGCGGUGACUCCCGUGCAGGCGGUGGUCCUGCUGUACUUCCAGGACCAAGCCAGCUGGACCCUGGAGGAGCUGAGCAAGGUGGUGAAGAUGCCCGUGGCUCUCCUGCGGCGGCGCAUGUCCGUGUGGCUGCAGCAGGGCGUGCUGCGUGAGGAGCCUGCCGGCACCUUCUCUGUGGUGGAGGAGGAGCGGCCCCAGGACCGGGACAGCAUGGUGCUCAUCGACAGCGACGAGGAGAGCGACUCGGGCAUGGCCUCGCAGGCGGACCAGAAGGAGGAGGAGCUGCUGCUUUUCUGGACGUACAUCCAGGCCAUGCUGACCAACCUGGAGAGCCUGUCACUGGAGCGCAUCUACAGUAUGCUGCGCAUGUUUGUGGUGACCGGCCCCGCGCUGGCCGAGAUUGACCUGCAGGAGCUGCAGGGCUUCCUGCAGAAGAAGGGCACUCAGAAGUGGCUCCCAGGCCCCUCUCCACCCUACCUACCCCACCCCGGGGCUGCCUGCCCAGGGCUCCUCCACUCGGGCACCGAGCUCAAGCGAAGCUCCAGCCGAAGCCCUGCCCCCACCCGCUCUGCUUCAGGGCCCCACUGUGAGGUCAGCGCCUUCCGAUGGAUUCCGUGCGGAGCUGGGACGUACUGCGAGUGCAGCCUCGGCCUCAGCCGCGAGGCCCUCAUUGCCCUGCUCGUGGUGCUGGCGGGCAUAGGCGCCAGUUGCCUCUGCGGCCUGGUCAUCGUGGCAGUCGGUGUCAUGAGAGCCAAGAGUGAGCCAUGCCCCAGACACAUGAGCAGCAGGUUGGUGGGGCACUACGGAGUCCAGGAAGAUCGCAUGGACCUGCACUCCGUGCAAGUGGAGUCCCAUGUCAUGGACCCCGACCUGGAGGUCUCCAUGCUGCCGCCCCUGGACGAACAAGGCCUCCUGGCCAUUCCCGUGGACCCUAUGGCCCCAAACAUGACUGUGGAGGGGGAGCUCCCUCUCAGCCCCCCAACCUGAGUAGGGCUGCAGGCAGCCUGGGGGAGGGGAAUUAAACAGUAUUCAGUG